UUCUGAUAGGGUUUUGGCCCACUAAGCAUAAACAAAUUAGGGUUCAACUGGUACACUAACUUGUCGCCUGUUGCACCUCCAUUGUUUGAUCUGCGAGAGUGAGAGAGUUAGAGAGGGAAAGUGCUCCGGCGAAGUAAAGCAGGACAGCCAUGGUUCACGUUUCCUUUUACCGCAACUAUGGUAAGACAUUCAAGAAACCCCGUCGUCCCUAUGAGAAGGAACGAUUGGAUGCUGAGUUGAAGCUCGUUGGAGAGUAUGGUCUUCGUAACAAGAGGGAGUUAUGGAGGGUUCAGUAUGUUUUGAGCCGCAUUCGUAAUGCUGCUCGUCAUCUGCUCACUCUUGAUGAGAAGAACCCUCGUCGUAUCUUUGAGGGUGAGGCUUUGCUUCGUAGGAUGAACCGUUAUGGGCUUUUGGAUGAGGGUCAAAACAAGCUUGAUUAUGUCUUGGCUCUUACCGUUGAGAACUUCCUAGAGCGUCGUCUUCAAACACUUGUGUUCAAGUCUGGAAUGGCCAAAUCUAUUCACCAUGCUCGUGUUCUUAUCAGGCAAAGGCAUAUCAGGGUCGGAAGGCAAGUGGUGAACAUCCCAUCCUUCAUGGUUAGGCUAGACUCACAGAAGCACAUUGACUUCUCUCUGACUAGUCCAUUCGGUGGUGGUCGUCCUGGAAGAGUGAAGAGAAGGAACCAGAAAGCUGCUGCUAAGAAGGCUGCUGGUGGAGAUGGAGACGAGGAAGAUGAAGAGUGAGUAAUACUCGUUAUUCAUUAGUAGUGCGCAUCAAACCUCAGCUUUUUCUGUUGAAUGCACAUUUUGUUGGAUGAGUGACUUUUUAUUAUCCUCUUGUUUUAGAACUAAAAUUUAUAUAGAUUUUGCUGAAGCUUUUAUCUUGAGUCCUAUUAUAUGGGAUUAUGUAUCACCAUGAUUUAUAUGCAAUUAGAACAGCAGAUUUUUGAGAUUCUCCUGA